AUGUGCAAACAAUUUUUCUCUCUACCACCAGCUAAUAACAUCUGCUUCUAUGGCGAGUGUUCCUACUACUGCUCCACUGAGCAUGCUCUGUGCGGUAAACCAGACCAAAUUGAGGGCUCACUAGCGGCCUUCCUGCCAGACCUGGCCUUGGCCAAACGCAAGACCUGGAGGAAUCCCUGGAGACGGUCCUACCACAAGCGCAAGAAAGCUGAGUGGGAGGUGGACCCAGACUACUGUGACGAGGUGAAGCAGACCCCACCUUAUGAUCGUGGCACUCGACUCCUGGACAUCAUGGACAUGACCAUCUUUGAUUUCCUAAUGGGUAACAUGGACCGACACCAUUAUGAAACAUCUGAGAAGUUUGGUAAUGAUACCUUCAUCAUCCACCUGGACAACAGACGAGGGUAA